AUGGACGUGAUCACGGCGUUUCCGGAAGGAAACUCGUUGGUACGAUACAAUACCAAGCACCAGCGGUUGCUUGUGGCCAACAGUGCCGGUAUCCUCAAAGUGUUUGACGUGCUGGACCCUGAGCUCGAACCAGUGCUGGUGGACAUUAUCGCCAACUUGUGCUCAGUGGACACUCAUGGCGACAAGGCAGUGGUGACAAACACUGCUGGGAACGUCGAGGUGGUUGAUUUGAAGGAAAACCAGAGUACUGGCGUCAUCUACCGCCUGGAAUUGCCCCUACGCGAUGCCGUGAUCAUGAGUGGCGACCGUAUUGCUUGUGGCGGUGGUGAUGCUAAGCUUGUGGUGUGUUCUGGCUCUGGUACCCCGUUAGAGAUUAGCCAGGCGGAUAUGGUGGUCAAUUUGGCCUAUAAUGACCGCAGCGAGCUUUUGGCGGUGGCGUUGGCCAAUGGUUCAGUGGCGAUCUACUCCACGGUAAAUGAAACCCCUGACUUAAUCCACACCCUUACCGAUGUCAUCAGUGAAAAGAUGCACCUCAGUUUGGAUGCCAUUGACUACGAAGAUGAGCACAAGGACGAAUUGGCCAGUACUCGCCCUCAGUGGAGUCCCCAGGGAGACAUCCUUGCCGUGCCUACCGCCACUAACCAAUUGGCAUUCUACAGCCGCGACAAAAAGUGGCAGCAGUCUCAUUUCUUUGACUGUGGCAAGUGCCAUGACCUUCACUACAUCCGCGACCACGUUGUCACUGUUGGCCCUCAAGGGGUCACUUUAUACGAUGCUCAAACGGGUAACCAAAAGUUUCAAGUGCCCUCUAAUGCCGAGGGAGUGCUUCUUAACUUGUUCGCUCAAGAUCGCGAUGUGUUUGUCGGGUCGCUGAAGGGUAGCAUCUAUGUGGUCAGAGACAAACUUAAACUCCCCGAACCCGCUGCAAGCUUAUUCGUUGACAAUGAAGCUGAUGACGAUGGCGACAGCGACGAAGAGCUUUUGGCUGGGAUUGAUGAUAACGGCCACUACCCUGAUGACGAUGAUGACGGGCUUUUCGGGGAAACCCAGCCUCCAGCCAAACGCUUCAAAUCUCUGGCUUCAACCGCGGGCGCCUUCGUUCCCGAAAUUACUCCUUAUUCUCCUGGUCUGACGCCCUGGAAUCUUCAGGGUCUGACUAACGAUCGUCGUUACAUGGCGAUGAACUCCACCGGGUACGCCUGGUGUAGUCGUUCUGGUGCUGAACGCCAACUGAUCACAGUGCUGUUCUUCGACCAUAAUGUCCACCACGACUACCACUUUGUCGACAACUAUGGCUACGAUCUCUGUUCGCUUAACCGUCAUGGGAUUGUUCUCGCUAAACUGGGUUACGACUCGGCAAAAGAGGUAGACAAUGGUAUCAUUUAUUACCGCCAGCAUGACGUCGAACUGGAUGCCUGGGAGCGCCAGGUGCCGUUGCUUGAAGGAGAAUACAUCACCUGUGUGGCCCUCAGUGCCGCGUCCCGUCGCCGGACCGACGAAGACCUAGUGGUGGUGGGCACUCUGCUUGGCUACGUCAGAGUGUAUAACGUCGACGGGGUGUGUCUUUCCGUGCUCAAGAUGGCCCCAGUGGUGUCUCUCAUGCUGCUGGCAGUGGGGAUGAUGUUUUCGGUGCACCAGGUGGGCUCGAGCUACUUCUACAACAUUGUCGACACUCUGGACGACUACCGGUUUGUCCAGCAGGAUCGGGUGUUGCCGAUGAGCGUGCCGCUGCUGAGCGAGGUGCCGUUGAUCAAGGGGAUGUUUUACAACGAAAUGAACGACCCCUGCAUCGUAUGCGGUGCCGAUGACGCGUUGUUGACCCUUCACUCGUGGCGCGAAAGCGGCAACGCUCGGUGGGUGCCUCUCCUCAACUGUCACCAUGCAGUGACGAAAUCGUCGGAGGACGAAGGCGAUAACUUCCGGAAGAACUGGAAGUGCUGGCCCUUGGGGUUGUGGGAGGAUAAAUUGAACUGCAUUGUCCUCAAACAGGCAUCACGAUACCCCGGGUUCCCGUUGCCAUUGCCAAUUGAGUUGGAUAUCCAACUACCUGUCGGUACAUACACGACCAAGGACACCGACCAGGCGAUGAUUGAACCGGAAGAGCAGUUCAUCCGGGCCUACACUAUGGGUAAAAUGCUUAGUGACUUUGCUGGUGGUGAAGAUAAGCCUGAUGAAGAGAUUAUGGAGCGGUUGGAGCAAUAUUCGGAAAUGUUCGAUCGCUCGCUUUUAAUUAUGUUCGGUGAACUGUGCAAGAGCACCCGGUUGGCAAGAGCAUUAUCGGUUGCCAAGAUGAUGAAAACCGACCGGGCGCUUGUCGCCGCCACCAAGAUCGCCGAGCGGAUGGAGUUCCACAAGCUUGCAUCGAAAAUCUCCGAUAUUCGUAUGGCCCUUGAUGAAUAG